CGCACGCGCGUACUACGUUGUGGACCACUGAUGACUUGGUAAAAAGAAGAUCCAGAAAUUAGUGUUCUUCCAAGGAAGGAAAAGGCCGAGUUGCGUGCGUACUCGUACCCUUACCAGCAUAUAGCUUUUACCCCAGCUUAGCCAUCAGGUUCGGGCCGAAGACAUCGUUGGGUCACCCUCGUUUCAUCGGCAUCUCACUCAUUUGACCUGAAAAAGAGUAAACAAAACCAUGAAGACCUGUGCCGCCACCAUCAUCGCCCUCGUAGGCAGCGCCAAUGCGUUCGCUCCAUCCAACGGAAGCGCCCGUUCUUCGACCUCGUUGAACAGCCAYUUCAGCUCCAUCGAAACCCAGCUUUUCAACAAGCAGACCUUGUUGAAGGCCUUGAACGACAUGGGACUCAAGACCAAGUCGACGAAGGACGGAGAGCAAAUCGAGGCACGAGGAUACAAGGGAGAAACCAUCAUGGCUGACAUUGUUGUCGAGCAGCAAAACAACUACGAUGUUGCCUUCCGCAACAACGGAGAGAGCUACGAAUUGGUCACUGACUUGCAGUUCUGGCAACAAGCCAUGCCUGUCGAUGCCUUCAUGGAGAAGGUCAACCAGCGUUACGCCAUCAACAAUCUUGUUGACACUUCUGGUGAAGAGGGAUUCAAUGUCGACAACGUUGUYACWGCGGCCGACGGAACUGUCACAUUGGAAAUGUCCCGUUACGCCUUCAACUAGAGAAUAUCUUGCGAAAUCAAGACAGCCUCUUUGUAGUCCGAGUCCCGUGCAUCCGUGGAAUCGAAAGUGAAGGAGUAUGUAGAAGCCGUGUAUACAACUGGAGCAACACGUCGAUUGUUCAACAGAGUACAUSGCACAGGAGAAAUCCACAGCGCACGCUGAGUAUCAUUUUACCACAACCACCCACAAAACCUCGUUAUUUUGUUUGGCAACGAUCAGUACAGAUUCCAUCUAGAGUUUCUGUAGCACUAAAAUAACAACUGUAAGUCAUCAAGCACUUGCCAUUCACACCAUAUGUYAUCAGUAUCGUAACACGUAGUUUGUAACCUUCGCGCAAAAGGCACACGAACGUUCCUCUAGCGCCAUGGUAGCCUGUGUAGUCACCCUUCGUUCMUCGUGUAAACGAUGGAUCCGGAAAUSGAAUGACCACUUCGUAUAUCUACAGUAGGUGAACAAAGGACAUGCAACAGAAGCUUCCGCGAAUGAGCAAGUAGAUCUAUGAAGAAUGAAAUUUACUAUGCAUCCCAAGAAAACUACUACUAGCAUUGAGAACUACAACAUGAUUCACCAGUUCGCAUGCCUGUAAUUCAUUCUGCUACUCGUGCAGAGCAUUCAAUAACAGUUGAUUUGYUCUUACGUUUUACAUCACAAUUUAUUUUAUUGUGGCACUUUCUGCGAUGCUACGUACGCAAGUACUUUUGAAAUACUGAUGGCGUAUUAUUCCGAAACUGGUAAGUAGUGUGAUGUGAGCCACUCACUACRACAUAAAUAAUAAAGGCUACUGGCUUCUGUGCAAAAGUGUACGUGAUAGUCCAGUGCACYGUGGCCAAUUGAGUAGAUCCCGCCCAUCCCUACGUUUCAUUUUCAUCUCUCUUUUCAUACCAUGUUAGUUGAUUCRUGAGAGCAGAUUUGCGAUUUCCGCAUAAUCUCUUUUCCCGACUUCGCUUUUUAUGUAGUUUCUAUUUUGAUCAAUAGAGAGAGGUUGAAAAGGAUCCAAGUAGUGAAACAUAUGGUUGCCRAAGGAUAAUACAGGAUCUUCGUCGUGGAAGUUACAAKGAUGUCUUUCGCUGCUUUGAUGGAUGGGAACAAUGCUGUUAAUUGGCAAGGCGGGGCUGAACCCCAUAGAGYMGAUCUGCGUGGGUGUUUCUCUUUCCCUUUKAAUYUGUUGUGUUUCACCCAAAACGGGAAAUGGGACUGRAAAAGAGCUUGAAGAGCUCCUUCCUCGUCCUUUCGUAGAAAUCUCUCUUGUUCUCUUAAAAUUCACAGUACCAAUAUACCCAUUUCCUUUUCUGUCAUCAUCACUAGUGACAGCAGUGACACGUGAUUCGCACCAUUUCAUAGUCCAAAAGUUAGGUUCUUGAUCCGGAUUCGACCGAGCACGUACACCCGUGCCCUUGACCUGAACUCUGURUAUGUGACGAGUCAAAAACUUUUUAUUUCGGAGGAACAGUUCAUGGUAGUAGCAACCUCGGUCUCUCCCUAAUGUCAGGCGCUGAAAUCCAUAUAGAUUCAAUUGUCGCUGAAAACUUGAGAGCUUUGUCAGAUUAUAGUACUUCGGAAGGACUACUUCCUGAAACUCUUGUGGCUUGUGUAUGAUAAACGAACGACCAUGUGGCUGCCAAGACACUAUGCUGCCGUAACCAUCGGUCAACGCUUUCUCAAGCAUGUCGUGUAGUUUCUGAGGAAAUGGGAUAGCUACUCCUCCCCUAGAUUUCSAAWUWACAUUACRGAAAGUAGCUUCACUUUCACCCGAGUAAUCGGUAUAGUGAUGUUGGACGACUGCAACAGUACGAUUCUUUCCCUCUUUGUCAAUCUUGGUAUACUUCUUCACCGAGGCUGAGCGUGCUAUUGAUCGGCGCUCAGAAGGAACAGACUGAACCAUGGAAUCCGAUUCUGGAAUGUUCCUAGGAAUGAAUUUAGAGGUCGAGAUACUCCAAAUCGGAAGAGGUUCGUAUUUCGAUGAAUCGAAAAUACAACCACUGAUGUCUU